UGGAAGUCAACAACAUUGAAUGAACUGUACCAAGUAGGAAGGACUGCACCAAGUAGGUACGCUCCACCGAAACCAACCAUUCAUUUAUUUCAUUUGGUAUAGCAUUAUUAUCAGCUUAUUUAAACAACUUUUGCUUUUUGGCUUCCAAUUUCGACUUUUCACUACUAGAUACAUAGUACCUUACACAGGUAGAGAGGUAGUCAAAGAUACUGCCUACAAUGCCACCAUGUCGCUUCAGCAAUCCAGCACCACGGCCGCACGCACACGAUCGCUACGCAUCCCCUCUAAAACACCCUUGACCGCCCCUCAGGCCCCCUCGUCUACCACCUCGACAACUCAAAUACCCAGCUCAACUUCCAAUGUUGCUCUGUUCCUCACCAAUCUGCGGCUAUUAGAGCUUGAUCAUGAACCAGAUUGGCCCGGUAUAACCCUCGCUACCUUCUCGGCUAAGGAUGCUGCUAGUGGACAGAAGAAGCGUAUACAAUGCGUCGAAUGGGCCUUAUAUCAGCUUUUUGCCUUGUGGGAUUAUGAUGAUACCCAAAAUAAACUCCGUCCCUUCUUCCCGCCUAUCGACCAGGUUCAAUCCGUCAAUCUACGAGCUGCUUUGCUCCGCAGCCUCGAGCAAGCUAAGAAAAAUGGAGUUCUCGGUCGAGAUGCUGUCGUGCGGAAGACCAUGUUAGACGAAUGCAGAGGCGACCGUCUCGAAGAAGUUCUCGCCGUCUUUUCCUCCGCCGUCCUGAAGAAAUUAGUGGCCGAACGCGCCCUCAAUUCCGGACACGAGUACCGUCCUACCAUCUCGGAAAAAAUCUCGUUGGAGAAUUGGGGAUAUUCGGGAGAUCGCACCGAGCUCAAUGCUCUAAUGCUCGCCCACAAAGUAUCCUUGACUUCUCUGUUAUCAAAGAAGAAUGUCGCUCGUACGAAGUAUCACGAAUUCGAGGAAGUUCUAGCGACGAAGGAACGAGGUCUUGUGCAACGAAAAGAACAGGCCAAGCUCGCCGCCGAGAAACCCGAGGCCAAGGCAUCGGAAAAGUCGAAGGCUGAAGUGCACAGAAUUAUCAGGACAAAUUGGACCGGUAAUGAUGAAUGGACUAACAGCCUGUUGCUCAACGACACACACCUCGGCAAGGAUGGCCUCUUAGCCAGCAAUUUCGACGAUGUCUGGGCAGGUGUUCAGGAAGGACCCAUUUCAAACCUUGCGGACCAGAAUACCGGUCUCUUGGAACAGCUAGAUAACCGAGUCCGUAUGCAGAGGGCGAGGCUAGAGAAAUGGGAUGAUUUCCGGAAGAAGAUGUUUGGCAAUAUGCCACUGCAGCCCAUCAAGGAAGUAAAGGAGAAGACGAAGCCCAAGGCCGUGGACUUGGGUUUCACGGCACAUCUAAAACUGGGCCUAGACCAGGUAAAGACGAGAGACCGUAUGCCUCUGGAUACGCCGCCUCCACAGUAUGCCAAGCUACUUGAUGGCAUGAAGGCGGAAUUGGAAGCUAUUGGAAAGCCCAGCAUUCCCGAUUUUUCGAGUCUACUGGGAAGUCCAAGGAGAAGUUCAUUUAUUGAUAGUAUCUCGCACCCCGCUCAACCUGAGCCAACCGCAGACCCAAUAUCUGAUAUUAGCGAAUGGGAAGACGACAAAGACGAACAACCUCAUCCAAUGGAAAUCCCCACAAAACCAUCUGUCGAGCGCCGGUAUCGCCUGGCACCUCCCAAAUCUAGCUUAGAGGCCAAGGGAAGAGUACCGAAACUAUCUGUAACCGCCCCUGCCUAUGAUCGAAACGGGGAGACGAAUAGGAUCCAGUCUCCCAUUGUCGACAGCCCAGAAGAUAUUUCAACAUCUCCAUCCCUAGUCUCAUCCGGCUUUUCCAGUACGAGGAGAGGGUCGACUGAGCUGAACGUUGAUCCACCACCUUCAGCCUCGAUCUCACACCAUGUCACUGCAGAUCUCCCCUCCAGCAAGCUGUCGCACUCGGAUGAGAGAACCGAGUUAAUGCCUCCGCCUCCGACGCCCCACUCGGUGUCUCCAACCCAAGCCAUGGCAGAUGAGAUAUUGGCAUCCAUGACCAACGCAUCACCAUCGCCCAUGAAAAAACAUCGUCACACAUUAUCUUUAGCGGAGAGAACUCGUAUGUCAAUGACCCGAACAAUAUCAUAUGACAACGACGACGAAGAUUUAUCCAAUAUGUCACCUAUAAAAAUCACCAAGACACGUGACACCACCAGCCCCACCGAAAAUAUAAUGCCAGAAAAAGAAGAAUACGAAGAUUUGGUAGCCAGGACUAGAAGAUCCAUGGCUGGUUUCGAGGCCGCGCGGCAGAAAGCACAGCUAGAAAGGAAACGGUCGGAGAGGAAAAGCAAGACAGCGCAAAGGAAGGACAGUUACUUCCCAAAGUUGGAAGAGGAGGACUUUAACGACACUUCCAUCGCCGAGGAGCUUAUCGAGGCCGGCGAGGAAGAUUAUGAGGCUGUGUUCAAAAGCCGACCACGGAUUCAAACGAGUCCGUUGCCAAGUCCUAAUAAGACGUGGGGCCAGUGAAGAUCGCGAAAUGAGAAGUUUUUUUUCAAUUGAUAAUGCUGAUGUUUUUUUUUUCUUCGUGUUCUAGAUUGCACACACUGUUUGAUGUUGAUGUUGAUGUUGAUGAUACCAAAUUGAUGUCCUUCUAGUCUAGGUACCUGCAUACCGGGCCUCAAUACUCUUUUGUGUAUAAUUAUUUACUUAUCUGGGUCUGGAUUCACGCUGUUUAACUAUGGAUAGGAAUUGCUAAUCAACCCAGUUCACAUAUCAGUUCACGUAUAUAACUUACUUGAUCAGCGCAGCAGCACGAAUUAGCCUAACCUAGCUCACUC